AUGGAGAAACGUGAUUCUUCAGAACGCGAUAGGUGCAUUUUUGAUAGAGCAUGUGUCCGUUUUGUGGCCGUCCAAUAUGUUGGUGAAAAGCUUUACUUGACAAUUUGAAUAAUUAUGAGGAGUUUCACGCGCAGUGUGUUGGUUCGAAAUGCGUUCUGAGGCUCCUGUGGUUUUUCUCAUUCCUGCGCGCAACGUGGUUUGAGGAAAAUGUUGUUUGUGCCGAGCGCGCUUUCCAUGUACCGUGUAGUUGAAAGUGACGAAACAAAAAAAGAAAACUGGAAAAGGAUUCAACUUUAGGCGGGUGUCGACUGCUGUGCGGCCUCGUCAGGCAAUUCUAUCUGGCCUUUCGCAUUGGGCUCCUGCCGCGAUGACGAACGCCCGCGGAAGUAAUUCAGCCGCUUCUGCAAGCACCACCAACUCGCAAGGAGUCCUCAUGGUUGGACCCAACUUCAAGGUGGGUAGCUUCGAACUGACGAAAUAUCUGCUCCUAAUUGGGUCCUUAGAUUUGAAAAAGGUGCAACAUAGAGCUUGAACUAGAGGAUUUGUAAGCUAAGAAGUUCCGCAAAAACGUUUAUCUGAAAGUUCGUAUCAUAUUAAAUAUAUAUGUUGCCCUUCUUUGAUCUUUCUCAAUUUCAAAUAUAAGUUCUCUCCGAAAUUUCUUUUUUUAAGGUUGGAAAGAAAAUCGGAUGCGGAAACUUUGGAGAAUUACGAUUGGGUAAAAACCUUUACAACAAUGAACAUGUGGCGAUUAAACUGGAACCCAUGAAAAGCAAAGCCCCGCAGCUUCAUCUCGAAUACCGAUUCUACAAACUGCUGGGACAGUCCGGUAUGCCGUUUUCAGCCGGUAAAACAAAACAUGGCCUCAUUUUCAGAAGGACUUCCUCAGGUCCACUAUUUCGGUCCUUGCGGGAAGUACAAUGCGCUAGUUAUGGAACUUCUCGGCCACUCUUUAGAAGAUCUUUUCGAUUUGUGUGAUCGUCAUUUUUCCUUGAAGACGGUCGCUAUGGUCGCCAUGCAACUGGUACCGCUCUUAUUCGUCGCUGAUUCAAUCUUUCCCAUUGCAGAUACGCCGGAUAGAAUACGUGCACACUAAGCAUUUGAUAUAUCGCGACGUUAAGCCGGAGAAUUUUCUUAUUGGUCGAUACUCGACGCGGAAGCAGCACGUCCUGCACAUUAUCGACUUUGGAUUAGCAAAAGAGUAUAUAGAUUGUGAUACGGGUGAGUGUAAAUCUUAAUCUGUUUGAUCCCCAAUUCGGAGUUGAAAGGAAAUAUUUCUUUUCCUUCAAAAGGUUUUAAGCUUGAUUCGUUUUCGAUUUCUGAUCAAAAAAUCAAUUAUUGGCCUUUUCUUGACUUUGACUAGGCUUUGAGCUUUAUUAUUACGUGAAAAAAGGAAAAUGAAGCUUUUAAGCUGUGUCUCAUUAGAAAAAGAUUUAGCUUCAGUUUUUGUUUUAUUAAAAACUUGCAUUAAAACACCGCAAUUUCGGGAAGUGUUGUCAUAGAAGGAUUCAUUAGAGAUGAUGUAAUAAUAAGCAGUUUGUAAGGUUUUUAGAGCAUAAAUAAGCAUAAAAGUUCCGAAGCGAAAACCCGUUUUUGUGUUAUUUUCUAUCAUGCAAGCCUUGUUCGCUUUUCAACACUUUAAUGGAAUUUUUCAACAGAAUAUUCAUGGGGAAAAUAAUUUUAAUACAAGCGUAAAAGUGAAAAUAAAAGAUUUGAAAAAACAAAGGUUUGCAGGAAAACACAUUGCGUACCGGGAACACAAGUCGCUGACGGGUACUGCACGAUAUAUGUCGAUAAACACGCAUUUGGGGAAAGAACAAUCGAGAAGAGACGAUUUGGAAGCCCUCGGCCACAUGUUCAUGUAUUUCUUACGCGGAAGCCUACCUUGGCAAGGACUUAAGGUUUCGCUAAAAAAUUCGCUCUUUUUUCGAACAUUGGGACUUUAGGCCGAAAACCUGAAAGAACGAUAUCAGAAAAUCGGCGAUACGAAACGCCAGACGGCAGUCGAAGUCCUUUGCGAGGGAUUCCCCGGUAAACUUUUUUAUUCAUUUUUGGCAGCAACUUGAGCAUUUUCUCAAGAUGAACGAUCCUACAUGUCUAGAAACGGCAUGCUUUUUGUACUAAUCUUAGGACGGUUCCUGUACGUUUCGAUCUGAGCUUUUAAAAAGAGAUAUCAUCCAAUUUACGUUCAUUUCUGUGUCGACUUCCAUUCAAUUUUUUUUUCAGUUUUUGAAUCAAUAAACAUUCGUUUUUGAGCUUUUCUAAUACUAAUAGUUUAGUUGCCGUUAUUUAACAGAUAAAAUGAUUAAAAAACAAGUGAUCAAGGGAGGGGUAGGCAGAGGAAUAACAAUACACGGGAAAGAGUCAACCCCAACGAGUUGGUACCCGGAAAUAUGAAAAAUUCAUAAGAGACUAGAGGGGAUGUUAUCAUGAAAAGCUUUAAAAGGAAGAGCAUUCAAUUUAUUUCGAAGAGUUUCUGGAGUAACGUUAAAAUCUAUAUAAGAAGUUAGUUUAUUCCAAAGAGGAAUAUUUCUAGUAAAAAAGUCAUUAAAAAAGGUUCUGCUAGUUCUGUGAAACUUUUUCCUCGUGCUUUUGCUCUGAAGUUUUUUUGAUGCGAUGGAGAAAGUCGAUUCAAGCAUUUACUCGUGAUUUAUCAGUUUAAAAGAUUAAUAACUCAUUAUUUUCACAAAGACGUUCAAAAAUUGAAAUUUUUCGCUGACCAUUAAGAUUUUUGCUGACUCGUAAACGGUCUGAAAAAUGAACUUAAUGAAAAUAACUGUUUAUUUUACUUUGGAGACCUCCGUAAUUAUUUAAACUUUUUUUGAGAAUGGGAAUGCCUCUUAUGAUAAAUUACUCUGAAAAAUAUUCACAACUAUUCUUUCCUUUGCCAUCCAUUGUUUUUUUAAUUUUUUUUAAAAUUUCAUCGAUUGAUAGUUGGAAUUUCAGAUGAAUUCUCCCAGUAUUUGCGCUACGCCCGCCGGCUUGACUUUUUCGAAACUCCUGACUACGAUUACUGUUAUAAUCUGUUCAAAGCGGUCCUCGAACGCCUAGGUGCCACCUACGACUACGAGUUCGACUGGACGCCCAAACUCAACAACGUGGUUCGUUGUUUUUCCUCGAAUGCUUACAAAUCUUGUUCUCAGAGUACGCCAUCCGGUUCCCUCCACACUUCAGAAUCGAAAGACGUUAAGAGAGGUCCUUUGUUUUUCAGUUUUUCGUUUCUUUUAUCCAAAAGUUUAGUAAAAGUCUAAUUAGAAAACUACUCGGGCUCGGGGACGAGUAGCUAGUUGAAACUGUGGUGGCGUGUAGAUCUAGGUAAGAGCUCUUGGAAAAAAGGGAGGCUAGUAGCUAAACCCCAAAAGCUUCUGAGAAAAAACUUCCUAGAAAAGUGCUGAACUUUCUUUUCUCAAAGAGGUGUCAUUCUCCUUACCGAGUUUUUUUUUGCCUAGGUUUGAUUCCUGUCGGGUGCAUAUUUUUUGCAUUUUCCUCAAACACAAGCAAAGUCCAAACUACCUCAAAAGAUCCUUAAAAAGAAGAGCCUAAAGCUCCUUUUUGAGUUUCCUAAAGGUGUCAAAAGUUUCUCGGAAUAUCCUUUUUUCUAUCUUUUCUCCUUUUGCGUUCAUAUUUUACCCCUCCUUGGUCCUUUUCAAAAAAAAAAAAGCCGCCUUUUUUCCGACAGUCCUUUGAGACCUUCGGACUUCGCUCGUGAAAACGAAAAUUUAUGUAACAGUACUAAAUUUGAUAAUAUUCGAAAGGUUUUUUUUUUAAUUUCACGAGAUUCAGAAAAACUAUAAGCUGGAAGACAUCGUAGUUAUAUUGAAUCUCUUUUUUUCACUUUUUUUUUGUUUUGAGAAAAAAAUGUGUCACAAGAAAAGCGUUUUCAUCAAUUUUAAGGCUUGUAAAAAGUUUCGCUUUCACGAAAAAUUCUAAAUUGGUUUGCACUCGAUAACCUACCCACUUCGGGGAGAGAUGAAGGUCCAGGAUCCUUUCUCGAUUUGUUUGGGGAGCUUUUUCUCGGAAGCCUCUGGAUAUCACCAUAAGAGGAUCUUUCUUGUUUUCUGGUACUGUUUGCCUAGGUCUAUAACAUUAAUUUGCGCCACUGAAAUGAAAAAAAAACAGACGAGAAAGCCACAAGCGCUUCUUGUCUAACUGGAAUUCUUUUUAAUUCAGAAAACUUGUUUCUCCUAACUUCUAACUUCUAAUGAUUUGUUAAACCGAAAAUCCUCUCCUUAUGGUGGAAUUUUUUUUCUACCAGUUCACUGAACUUUAAUUUGUUAUGAAUAAGGAAAAACAUCAAAGAGAAUAUUGAAAAACACAUUUUCAUACAAUUUUUUUCUGAGUUCUCACCUAGUUUUCACUCGAAACUCUUUGUUUCCCAAAAAUUGGAAAAAAGCUUUCUUGCAGAUCGAGGCGAACUAAAAGUGAAUCAGGCGACGGCUAAUACCCAGUUUGGAUCAACUCAGGUUGGUAAAAUUUUUUUCACUUAGUUUUUUUUUUUCAUAUUUUUUGAAUCGAAAUUUUUUUCAUUCAGUAUUUCUCGCGCUCUCUGAUUUGUUGUUUUUCUUGUUUCUCUGACCUUGUUGGGGAGGAAAUGACGUUAAUUACUUCUUUUUCGAGUAAAAUGUUCUUCAUUAGCUAUAGGCGAAUUAAUUGUGGUUUUUAGUAGAACCUUGUAGAUGACUUGUUAAAAAGGAGAAUUACUUGACAGUUUUUUUAUCAAAACCUAUCUGCGUUUAAAAAAAGGUCCUAGGGUCUUUCUAAAAAUAAAAAAAUAUUACUGCAAAUAGGCUUUUUUUCCUCAAUAGUUUUUUUUUUUUUCAAACACCCUAUUAGGAAUUUGCGAGCAUAUUAUAAGUAUGAAUUACGAAGGUUAGUGAUAUGAUUUUUUCUAUAAAUCUAUUUCAAUAAAUUUAUCGUGUGCGACGCUUUUGCUAUGAAAAAAAUUAGCUCAAGAAAUACGAAAAAAAUUGUCUAAUUUACGAGGUUUAUAAUAAAUUAAAGAUCCUGUCCAAAGUUUUUGCUGCAGAAUUUUCUAGAAGAGAAUACUCAAGAAAUUAUCUAAGCGUCAUAGACAACUAGUCAAAAAAAUAUUUCUCACAGCAAUCCGAUUUUCCAGUAAAUAUAUUGUCAAUUUGUGAAAAUCGAUAGAAAGACUCUUUUUUUCUUUUGCCUAUUGAGCCCCGCUGUUUUUUUCGUACAUCCAUCCAGAAUUUUCUCCCACAAAAGCUUUGACCUGAUCAGCGACGUCUUUUUCAAAUUUUUUUUUGUGAGGAACGAAAAAUUAAUCCGGUUAGUUGAAAUAUAAAUGCUUGCACUUUUUCAGUUAAAUUCAUUUAUUCUCGCUUACAGAAUAUCUGUGGCGACCAAAUGACAGUAUUGGGGCCACAUUGUUAACAUUUACCUUCCGUUCGUAUAUUACAUCUCGGCGGCCUCAAAAAAUGAGUUGCCCAUGUAUGGUAUAAAUACAGUAAAAGAAAAAAUCUCAAAUGGAUUAUUAUGAAACCGCGAUCGAAAACUCUGUUUUUGAGGUGAUCAACUCCAACACGGGCGACGGCGUGGAGGAGAGUGGCGGACGAGCGGCCGACCGCAACGUCGCCGACAAUCAAAGCGGCGAAGUCAAGUGUUGCUGCUUCCGACGCCGGCGGAGAAAGCACAACAACAUCGCGCAGAACGCCGCGCAGAAGUAG